CUAAACAAAUACAUCCUCUGACUUUAAACGAAAGUACGGUGCAGGAAGUGAAUAUCCUCCCAAAGCCUGAAGGUCCUGAUCAAGCGUGACUCGCAGCCUGCAGUCUUGGAAGAACCUGGAGAGGUAAAGCAACGGCAGAGCCACAAGCGUGACUGGAGACUCACACUCACUUUCGAUAAAGUGCAACCAGCAUGCAGUACCAGUGGGUUGAAGAUGACUUUAAGUUGGUGUCUGGGGUACGUCAAGUGGGCCUCCCUGAGCCAGUAAAUGAUAAAAAGUACAUCAUGUACCAUGGAACCACGAGGCAGAAUGCUUACCUUAUCCAGGCCACAGGUUUUCGACAGUCUUCAGGCGGGUUGCUCGGCCGCGGCGUCUACCUCAGCAGAGACCUGCAGAAAGCUCGCCGCUUUCCCCUUAAUCACCCUGAGUUUGACAAGGUCGUCAUUAAGGUCGUGGUCAACGUGGGGAAAGUGAUCACUAUUAAUUAUCAAGACCAUCCACGUCAGAAGACCUGGCAUGACUCUACAUACGGCCCGGCGUACGACACCGCCUGGGUGCCACCCAAGUGUGGAAUGGUGGAGAGCGGUUUGGAGGAGGAUUGUGUCUGGGAUCCCCAUCGAAUCAAGAUCAUAAGGAUCAUCGGACCACAACUAGUCCAAGCCUCCUAUGUAUAUGAUGCAUGGGGCUACGCACAUGCUAUUGCGUCCAGCAUGCAGUACCACUGGCCUCAAGAUGACUUUGAUUUGCCCUAUGGGGUAAAUCGACUGGACCUCCCUGAGCCAGUUAGUGAUAAAAAGUACAUCAUGUACCACGGCACCACCAGGCAGAACGCUCAGGCCAUCCAGGCCACAGGAUUUAAGCAGUCUGCAAACGGGAUGCUCGGCCGCGGCGUCUACCUCAGCAGAGACCUGCAGAAAGCUCGCCGCUAUCCCAUUGGUCACCCUGAGUAUGACAAGGUCGUCAUUAAGGUUGUGGUCAAUGUGGGAAAAGUGAUCACUAUUAAUUAUCAAAACCAUCCACGUCAGAAGACUUGGCAUGACUCCAGAUAUGGCCCAGUGUUCGACACCGCCUGGGUGCCACCCGAGUGUGGAAUGGUGAACAGCGGUUUGGAGGAGAACUGUGUCUGGGAUCCAGAGCAAAUCGAGAUUAUUAAUACCAUCAAACCACGUCCAGUCCGAGCUUCCUAUGGAUACAGUGCACAGGGCUACAUGGUUUUCCCCGUCACCCCGUCAAGUAAAAGACAGACGAAAGUGAACUCCCAGCCUGCAGUCUUGGUGGGACCUGGAAAGAGUGAUACUGACACCAACAUGAGCCGGCAGUACAGAGGUCAAAAAUAUAUAAUGUACCAUGGGACCACCAGGGAGGCCGCUAAAGCCAUCAAGUCCAAAGGUUUUAAUCGGUCUGCAGACGGGAUGCUCGGCCGCGGCGUCUACCUCAGCCGAGACCAGGAGAACGCUAGCCGCUAUCCCAUUGGUCACCCUGAGUCUGACAGGGUCGUCAUUAUGGUUGAGGUCAAAGUGGGGAAAGUGAAAAGGAUUGAUUACGAAGGCCAUCCACUUCAGUAUACCUGGCGUGACUAUGGCUACGACACCGCCUGGGUGCCACCCGGGUGUGGAAUGGUGGCGAACGGUUCAGAGGAAGAUUGUGUCUGGGAUCCCGAUCGCAUCAAGUACAUUAAAACAUUACAUAGCAGUGAUAUUGGCAUCAACUUGAACCAGGGGUACAGAGGUCAAAAAUACAUCAUGUACCAUGGGACCACCAGGGAGGCUGCUAAAGCCAUCAAGUACGAAGGUUUUCGUCAGUCUGCAGGCGGGAUGCUCUGCCGCGGCGUCUACUUCAGCCGAGACCAGGAGAAAGCUAGCCGCUAUCCCCAUAAUCACCCUGAGUAUGACAAGGUCGUCAUUAUGGUUGAGGUCAACGUGGGGAGAGUGAAAAAGAUCGAUUAUCAAGGCCAUCCACUUCAGUAUACCUGGUACUGCAACGGCUAUGACAGCGCCUGGGUGCCACCUGACUGUGGAAUGGUGAAGAGUGGUUUGGAGGAGGAUUGUGUCUGGGAUCCCAGUCGCAUCAAGUACAUUAAAACCAUACAACUACACAAAGAUGAAUAUAGAUGAGAGCAGUUGGUAUGAAAGUGUGAGCACUAAAUUGAAAAAAACUAUUGCCACUGAGCCUAAAAGCUGCAUUGCAUUUUGAUAGAUAAGAAAGAUAAGAUAUACUUUUAUUGCCACUGAAGGGACACUUUUAUUGGAAUCUCUCUACGUUCUGUUGCACAUCAAACAAUACAAAUACCCUUUUUAUGAUUUUCUAUUACUUCUACAUCAUUGGUGUUCUUCCCAUUGUCCAAUCAGAUCACAAUAGAUGAGGACAAACUAGUGGUGGCUUUUGCUGGAUACCUGGAGCUGUAUGAUUUAACCAUCAGUUGUUUCCAUGACUUGAUAAGAAAACAGCAGGCCUGGAGGAAAAUUAGUGUGGUACUUCAGAAAUUUUCAUUAUUUUAUUACUUCAUCAUUAUUUGUGCUCUGAGGAGUGAGGAGGAAUCUCUGAGGAGCCAGGAGCCACAAGCGGGGAUACAUGAGAGCCAGCCUUUACUGAAGUAUUUUACCUGCUGAUGUCUCCGUAUUGGAUAUCAGUUAUGGACAUUGGCGGUGUGACAGACAGUGUUGGGCAGUAACGUGUUACAGCGACGGUGUUGUUAGUAAUCCAAGUAACGCUGCGUCACCAGAAUGCACCAUCCUUGACGUGAAUGCAACUGCGAGGCAGGUCAGCUGCAGUUCAAGUCAAGAAGCCGGACCUUAUGUUGUUCAAGUCACCUUUAAAAAGAUAAAGGAAGAAUGGGGAACGAGAGAGAGAGGCGUUCUUUCUACAGCUGGAAGUAGGCCUAUAGUGCCAUUAUUGUGUCACAGUUUAACAAAGAACAUUGUCAUCAGCUGUAAACUUUGUGCAACCAGCAAAAAGCUUUCAACCGCGGACAAUCUAAUGUAUUGAAGUAUCUUCUAAAGCAGCACAGCAACGUGAAACUUGUAGAAAGACACUGCAGUGAUGCAUCCACUCGGCAGGAGAGACUGGUGUUAGUCGAUGUUCUGUUAUGAAUAUGCUAUUAGGUAAAAAGUCGGGGGAGACUGCUUUGUUUUUUAUUUUGUUAAAAAGUGAAUACAUACACUGCUUCUCCACCGUCUCAGUCGCUGUAACUGAUAUGACCUACAUAAUACACUGCCACUGCAACAAAACAGAGGAAGACCCAUCCACCGACACAGUGAAGUUACUUACUGCGGUCUAACUGUUAUAAACUGUGACAACGAUCUCAUUAUAAUAAUCAUUCUAGCUCACUAACCGUUUCGUUAUCAUCCAGUACAUUUGGCCGUGCUCCCAUUGCUGAGCCUCCGGUGAAAGAUAUACAGAUAGUAAAGUUAGUUACUGAAAAGCAGACAGGCGAGCUAACGCCGAAGUAGCACGUCGGCUAAAUGCUGUAAUUGUAAAGUUAUGUAUCCAGUUCAACCUCAAGCUCAGGGACGUGCACAGGAAUUUUGAAGGGCAGUUGCUCUGACCUGAAAAAAGGCACCCCCCCCCCCCCCAA